CGAUUGACAGUGUCUCGCUGAAUCGUCUGCCAUGGGAAAGGCUGCAUUCUCUUUUUCUUUUUUCUUUUUCUUUUUUGAUGAACGCAUCACCAUCCGUAUAAGUAGAUCCUUUGCAUCCACGAAAGAAGCAGUCUUCCUUUUCAACAGGCAUCAACAACGAGCUUGUCCAGACAAACAAUACGUCCACCUUUUCUCCAUUUAGCACGAAUAACCGACAACCUUGGGUCAAAAUGGGUUUCAUGGAAACGUCGUUCCCCCUUAGCCACCGCCACGACAUCCCCGCUGGCGUAGACAAGGCGACUGCCAUCGCGAAGCUGCAUGACCACGCCUCCAUCAUCGACUGCGGGCCGUAUGUGGUGUCUCGCACCCAACAGCCAUCACCAGCAUGGGGCUCCUACGACAAGCCCAAGAACGUCAAGUUCGCGUCAGAAAAGGUCGACGUCUACGAGGUCAAGAACAAGUACGAGAACCCAAUCAUGGGCUCCGACAUCAAGAGCACUUAUGAGUUUAUCGACACCACAGAGGGCGUCUUUGUCCGCGUCCACAGCCCCAUGGGAGUCGUCAUGGAGAGCUUCUGGACGGUGCAGGAGAAAGGGGACGGGAGUCUGGAGCUCGUUCACGAGCUUCAGGGGAAGUGCAACAAGGCCCUGGCGGGCAUUGCCAAGAAGGACGCGGACAAGAACUAUGAGCUUCUUACUGGCAUCAUUGCAAAGAGCAUGACUAAAUAGAACAGUGGGAAAUAGGUCUUGGACGGCAGUCGAUUGUCGGUCUGUCGACAUGGAAUUGUCAAGUAGUAUGUUUGGUUCUCCGGCACCGCUAGCAUUUGUGCAGAAGUAACUGAGUUGGGAUUAUGAAACAUUGCAAGAGUCCCUGAUUUACAUACUUGAUCACCUGAUUUGUAUCUUGAUUUCCG